GGGAGCGGUGAGGAUUGGACAUAGCAGGCCUUGACUUGCAGUCAGGGUCGCACCACACAGCUUGCUGCCCCCAGUCCCCCUCCCCGGCUUUGACAUGCCGCUGUCUCUCUCCCCCGCCAGGCUGGAUGGGCCACACUUCAGCUGUCUGUACCCCGAAGGCGUCUUCUAUGACCUGGACAGUUGUAAGCAUUCCGGCUGCCCCGACCCAGAUGGGGCUCCUGACUCCCUGUGGGGCUGGGCUGAGGCCCCGCAGCCUGUGUCCGCCGUGCCCUACGAAGCCUUCGACCCAGCGGCAGCGGCAGCCGCCACCUUCAGCCAUCCCCAGGCCGUGCAGCUGUGCUAUGCGCCCUCCCCUGCCAGCUACAGCCCUGCAGGGAGCCUCGAGCCCACCCCCAGCCUCGAGGGGCCCGGCCUCCCCGCCUAUCCCACCUCAGAAGACUUCCCUGGGCCGACUCUGGGCCCCCCGGCGUUUGCCCCGUACCCCAGCCCGGUGCUGUCGGAGGAGGAGGAUCUGCUGCUGGACAGCCCCGCCCUCGAAGUCUCGGACAGCGAGGCGGACGAGGCCCUGCUGGCUGGCCAGGAGGGGAGGGGCUCCGAGGCAGGGGCCCGCAAGAAGCUGCGCCUGUACCAGUUCCUGCUGGGGCUGCUGACGCGCGGGGACAUGCGCGAGUGUGUGUGGUGGGUGGAGCCGGGCGCGGGAGUCUUCCAGUUCUCGUCCAAGUACAAGGAGCUGCUGGCGCGCCGCUGGGGCCAGCAGAAGGGCAACCGCAAGCGCAUGACCUACCAGAAGCUGGCGCGCGCGCUGCGCAACUACGCCAAGACCGGCGAGAUCCGCAAGGUCAAGCGCAAGCUCACCUACCAGUUCGAUAGCGCGCUGCUCCCCGCCGCCCGCCGCGCCUGAGCCCGGCCCCCCAAGGCUGCGCCCUGGCACCCCCACAUUGGGGGCGGGGGACCGCCGCCCUGCUCAGGGUCC